AUGUCAGAGUAUAAACCUCCAAGGACCAUGCGCAAUGCCCCACUGAAAGACCUCGAAGUAUACACCUCCAGCAGCCAGAAUGCGCAAUCUAUCACUGAAAGACCUUGGGAACAUGCGCCUCAAACAAAUACUGUGCAAAGUCCCUCACUCGAAGAACUCUCACAUUAUAAGCCUCCAGCAAGCACUAUGCGCGGUCUCUCGCUGGAAGACUUCUUGGCCCCGAAUCUUCCAACACGGACUGUGCGCAGGCUUUUGCUGAAAGAGACACCCCUCUCUGCUAGGGGAUACCCCUUUUCAUCCCCACAAGUCUGCGAGCUGGCGCCGUUUGUAGGACAGGUCUCUCAGGGGUACGCCCCUGAUCAUGGACAUCGAGGGAAGCAAACAACCUUGAAGCCCAAUACCACUGAGACGCGCGUGCAAGGCCACACAGUCCUAAUCGAGGAAACUUCGCUCGAAGACGGUACACCCAAGUUCAACAAGGCCAAGCAGUCUGUCAAGUACAAUAGGGAAGGCGGUGAGACAAUCAGUACAACAGCUACGUUGCUUGAUUGA